AUGGACUAUGACCACACCCAAGACAUCCUGGGCCAGUUGCCCUUACUGAAGUCUUACUCCCACAUGCUCCUCAUCUUCCCACUCGCGGACGAUAUUGCACGCCGGGAGAUCGCAACAGCCCUGGAGUCGGCCAUCCACCAACUCAUCGCCGGCUUCCCCUUCCUCGGCGGCAAAGUCGUUCGCGAGGGCCAAACCCCAUCCUGCUCGGGCGUCUUCGUCGUGCGUCCGCACCUCGCAUGGCAAGAUCCCAACCAUAAAUUCCUGCGGGUGGAGGAUCGCACGAACGAGGUCGCAUCGCUUGCCGAGUUGCGUGCGACGGGGUGGCCGACCACCUCGCUGCCGAGCCUGCUGGCCCCUCCUCGCCCGGCCUUUCCGCAGCCCUAUCCCGACGACGACGCCGAGGAAAACCCAGCGCCCGUGCUGGACUUCCAGCUCAACUGGAUCCAAGGGGGCCUGAUUCUGGCCAUCGCGGCCCAGCACAACAUCGUUGACGGCAACGGGAUGUUCCAGAUCAUCAAUCUGCUCGCAUACAGUCUCCGCGACGAACCGUUCCCCGAGCACGCCAUCUGCGAGGGCAACAUCGACCGACGCACCCUCAUCCCAUUAAUCAAAGACGACGAGCCCAUGGACGAUCACAGUGAGCUAAAGCCGGCGAUUGUCCCCGGACUAUCGUCGGGCCCAGUCACACCGGAGAUGCAAGCCUAUAUGGCAACCUUCAAAUGGCGGGCGGUGCGUUUCAGCGAGACGUCCAUGGCCAAAAUCUACCAGAAGGCUGCGCCACCCGCACCAGUCGAGUCAACAUCUACCGACCAAGAGCAAGAGAAGAUCACCCCCAACGAUGCGCUGACCGCAUUCCUGUGGCAAAGACUGAUCACUCUGCGUCUCCCACACCUGCCGCCCUUCCUGCAAUCGUCUACCUCCAAGAUCACUCGCGCUCUCGACCUCCGGCGCACCAUCAACCUCUCGCCCUACUACAUGGGCCACAUGGUGCGCACGGCCAACCUGCGCCUGCCCCUCACGGAGGUCGCCUCGCUGCCGCUGUAUGAUCUGGCGGUCAAGCUACGGAAACACGUCAAGUCACUGCACAACGUGCACGCCACGCGCAGCUACGCGACAUUCCUGGCCAACGAGGAGGAUAAGACCAAGGUCGCGUACGGGGGCGCAUUCAACCCGCUGACGGACUUCUCAUGCUCGAGCAUGGCCCACGUCUCGGUGCCGGUGUUUGGGCCGCUGGGGAAGCCGCAUGCAAUCCGGCGGCCCUCGUUUGAGAUCCCUUUGCCGUGUGCGUGCUAUGUCGCGCCGGUGAUUGAUGAAGGGGAUGAGGAGGGGGGGUGGGAGGCGUUGCUGUGUCUGAGCGAGCGGGAUUGGGAAUUGCUCCGGGCAGAUGAGGGGUCGAGCGAGGUGGUGCGUUAUAUUGGUUGAUUCAUGAUGAUCGUGAGGAUCAACCAGGUUGCGCAUAGUCGGCGCAACAAUUAUGGUAUAGGAGCGAUGAAGCGACGAGUCGAUGUUAAGUAGUUCAAGUAAUCCAGAAUGAUAUCAG